UGAUUCAGCUGUCUUGCUGACCUACACAGUCUAGCAAAGUACAAUGGCCACCCUCUACUAAAGAUGUAGACUGGCUACGGUCGCAAUGGAAUUCACACACAGUAGGAAAAGAAAGCAGCAGUAUAGGCCACACUCUAAUCCAGACAACAGAGAUAAGAGGGCGGCCAUUAUUGACGACUUUGACCGAGGUCUGAAAACCCCACCCUCCCGGUCUACUCCUGGCCAUGAAGUAACAGUCAUUGAGGAUGACGAACCAGAUCAAAGUGAUCAUGGUGCAAGGAUAAGCAGUGGAACAAUGUACGACCAGCACAAAACUCCAGGAGAGUAUAAAAGUAGUAGUUUCAAGAUACCCAAAAAGAAAUUGCACGAUCUAACUUUCGGCCACGAUCAGUCUAACGAAACUACCAAUGUUGGAAUUCAACCCAUGCCCCCUAAAUCAAAUGUUGUAGAUGUAAUAAACAGAGCCAAGUCUAUGAAAUCAAGAACUACUACAACUUCAAAAACUGGCUCUACUAUUCCUGAUUUUCUUACACUAGCGAAAACGCCUUAUACAAAGAACAAAAUUUCUAACUCCAUGGAAAGUUCUUUACCUGCUCCGAAGAAGAAAAGACCAUUUAGAACCAAUCCAAUACGUUCAGAAUCACCAACUGAAACUACUCAAAUUACAAAUUUUGACUCUCAAAAAAGCAUGCUUUGGAAUGACACCUGCAUAGGACUAGAAGAUCCCAAUUCCAGUUUUGAUACCAAACCCAAUUCUGACUGUGUUCGUGAUUCGAGAAAAUCGUGGGCUAGUAUUUCACCAGAUAGGGAUGAUGACAUUGCUUCAAAUACUUCUUCUGAAGAGGUAGAUGCGGGCGAGAUUUUUAAACGCCCUGUUGAUAAAAAGCAAGUAUUGCCUAAAGACAAAACUACCGAUAAAGCUGCGACUAAUGACGUAGUAACUAUUCAUUCAGAUGAUGAUGAUGAUAAUGAUGUUAAAGCAACGACUAGCUCAAAUUUCAAGUCACCUUUGCCAAAUCGCUUCCUCCCUCCAAAAGCACCCCCCAAGAACACCAAUGACAAUACUGACAAGUUUAAUAAACUUUUAUCCACAACUAAUUCAGUUCUCAAAACUUGUUCGGAAAAGCCUACAUCUACAGCAGAUUCGACAAAUGCUUCCAGCACUCAUAGAAAUGUAUUUGCCAAGAGUCAAGCGGCCUCCAAAGGGAAGUGUAGUAUUCAAGUCACUCCCACGUUUCUAUCUAAAGAGCAAUUAGCAAUGGCGACGACCCAUGCACCCCCCAGUACGGGAAAAGCUAGGGAUAUUCUGUCCAUUACAGACUCUCCUGUUUUAUCAAAGGUCGAGUUCAGUUUUGAAGUGGAUGAUGAGAAGGUUGCAAGGACUUCCACUAGUUCAGCAGCAGGGACCAGGAAACCAUUGACUACCUCAAGAGCAGCUGAGCUUCCCUCUGAUUUGGCCAGGCGUCCUCUAAAGAGACCAACACAGUCAGCGGCAACCCCAGGCAGCUUCUAUAGCAGUAAUGGCAGUCCCUCCAAUCAGCUGUUCUCACAGUUUAGGUCUCGAGCGUGGGGUACUGGUUCCUCCAGGAUGAGCUCUGUACGUGGUAACAGUGCCAACCAAGUCAUGGCCACCUAUGGAAUAAAGAAGCCCCUCAAACUGAAGCGCCCCCUGCCUUCACCAUGCUCUGUCGAUGUGGAUGAUGAGGAGUCCCUCCCUCUGUCAGUGCAGUGUGUGCAGAUAGGUCGACUAGAGCUCGACAAAGUGCUGCACGUUGAGCUGAGAAAUGACGUACUGUGUAUGAAGCUGGACUAUGAGGGCCGGACAGAGACUGUUCAAGUUUCCCUUCCUGCGUGCUUUGUUUGGCAGCUUCACCUUGGGGAAGAGCCUUAUAUCGUCUACAUCAAUGUAAAGUCACCAGAGGCUAAGAAAAUAGCGGAGACCCUCUCCAAGAAGUACCACCUGGACUCUGACUUCUUCAACCCUUUAAGCAGUAACAUCUCUGAACAGUGCAUCAUGCUCAGACUGGAGGAGAGGCCAUUACCACAUCUGAUCAGCUCUAUUAUAGAGUUCCUAACCAAGAUGAAUGUGUCCGUGGAUCAAAAUCUAGGCACUGUUGAGGCAAAGAAACUGCUGAAUGAUAUCAAGCCAUUAAAACCAUCCAGGAGUCACGGCAGACCACUCUCCAACGAUGAUGUCAAAUCACUUGUGCCUAGUUUGAAUGUGCGUAGAUCUCAGAGGAGCAGGAAAGCCCCUGUGAGGAUGGACCCCUCCUCUCCCAUCACUCUAGUGGAGUCUAUUGUCGUACACAACAAGCCCAAUGUCAGACUGCUGGCGUACAAUGUGCCAGCUGGUAGCAAGGUCAACAUAGAGGUCUCCACUCACGAUGUGGACACACUCGCCCCGGGGGAAUACAUCAACGAUAAGGUCGUGGACUUCUACCUCAGGUACAUGUGGUAUGAGCGGUUGGCUGAGAGGCUGCGGUCCAAAGUCCACAUCUUUAGCUCCUUCUUCCACACUCGACUAAAGGAUGCCUCCAGAGACAACAAAGAACUCAAGUGUCUCCAAACCCCCGAGAGACAGCAUAACCGUGUCAAGACGUGGACUAGACGAGUGGACUUGUUUGACAAGGAGUACAUUGUGCUGCCAGUUUGUGACAGGGCCCACUGGUUUGUGGCGUUUGUGUACAAGGCUGGGGAGUUUGAUCCUGUGAGAGAGCUGGCCACACGAGAGGCAAAGGCAGCAAAGAAAAACAAGAAAAAACCUUUAAAAAAGAAACCGCAGAAUGUAGCCAGUCCAGUGGUGAUCAAUGAUACGCUCCUCGAGGGAGAUACAGAGGAGCCGAUCCCCCAAGAAGAGGAUUUCUUAGCACCCGGAGCACAGCUGAUGAGGGCUGCCAAUGGACGGGUACAUCCAUUAGCCUCUAUACAUCCUCCUCAACCUGUGUUUGGUGACUUCAUCCAGAUGCCUCCGUCUGAUGAUGAGGGCGGUGCUAUCCAGGUCGAUGCUGCAGCAGAGAUUCCCAUGGAAACAGAAGACACUCUUCGUAUAGACGCUGCUGCUGCCAUGGCAACAGUCGAUACUAUAAUUGAAGCAGCUACUGAUCCACUGACGACAGACGCAUACUCCACAACUACGAGUGAUGAACGGGUACAUGAGGGUGGAGCCACUCCCCCAGAGGAUGCUUACGUGGAUGUAGGUCAACCAGAGGGGGUUGUAGUGAGUGUGGAGGACUCUUUGGAGGAGGGGACAAUAGGGGAAGAGGUUAGUCCAGAGCGUGAGCUGGUCAGUCCAGAGCGUGAGCUAGUGGGAGACUCCAGUACAGAGGAGCUAGACAUUCUGACAGAGGAGACUAGGCCUUGUGUUCUUGUAUUGGACUCUCUUGGGGUGCGGAGAACGGGAAUAGUCAAGACCAUACGAAAUUACCUGACAGUGGAGUGGAGGGAGAGGAAGGCAAGAGGUGGUGUGGAGGAGCUGAACUACGACCUGCUACCAGCAAAGUACCCCGUGAUUCCUCUCCAGAACAACUCUUCUGAUUGUGGGCUCUUCAUGUUGCAGUAUGUGGAGAGCCUGCUUCUGCGUAUGGAGGAUGGGCUAACGUACCCGGAGACAUCAGAGGGGUGGGGCAGUUACGAGAAGACAGGAAGCAAACGAAAAGAAAUUGAGACUUUGAUAACGGAAUUGGGUGAAAUACAGAGUAAUGACUUAAACCAGACCACUACAGAUAAACAAGAACCAUAACCAGUCAAUCAAUAUUUAUGUUCUUUGUCAUGCAACCAUCUCUCCUAUUAUCACCGUGCAUGAUUGUGUUUCAGUUUCCAUUCAUAAUAAUAAUUAUUAAGAGCAUGCA